UGGUGGCCGGCGGAGGAAGUCAACCUCUUUGUUAACAUGGCAACUUUGAACCAUUUAGUACAUGAAACCUUCACUGUCAUCACUGAGUUUAUUCACAAGGCUGAAGGGGCAGAUUUAGUUGAAUGCCACAGUAUCACAUACCAUAUUCGCGAGGAUGAUGGACAUUGUAGGAGCUCCACCUACCUGCUUAUUGUAGAGCAAAUGAUAGCAAAACUUAAGGAUAUUGUUAAGAACUUGAAGAAUAAUGUUGACAAGGCACCAAGUUCUACCCCACAAGUUGUUCAUACAUCAGAAUCUUUGUCUGAUAAUGAAAGCUCUGAAGGGUCCCUGGAAAAUUCUGGGGACGGUAAUGAGAGCUUGGGAAGUCAAAAGAUGUCAAAUUCCUCAUUUGUCGUGCCUGCAGACAUUAAACCCUCACUUGUUAAGCACCCUCCUCUAGAUGCUCUGGUGGAUGAUGCUGAUGCAUCGGGAUUAAUCUUGUCGACUAAUAUUGUAACCUCAACAUCGUCUAGUACACUGACAGAGUCGGUUCUACCUUCCUCCUUCUCUAACACAUUUUCAACAUCAUCAGUAUCUCAGUCAUCGCAAAUCAGUGGAAUUACAGAUCCAACCACAAUUCUUACAGCAUCAUUAAAUGUUGGCCAGCACUUAUGUGAUACAAGCUAUGGAGAGCAAGCACAACAUUUAAAAUGCAUCAAGUGUGGAGGAGAGUUACCAGUUGAUGAGACAGAAUAUUGCAGCAUAUCCAACAGUGCCAGUCUUCACACCUGUUCACGCUGCUGCAGCAUUGCAGAUGCUGUCUCCAAACGACGAAGAAGAGCAGUGGAAGCAGAUGACCCACCAGUUUCUGUUGACUCGACUGAAAGUGAAAAUAAGAUUUUGGAGACACCUGCUAAAAAACAUACAUGUGAAAAAUGUGGAAGAGUUUUCUCCAAAUGGAAGCAUCUUUCUAUACACUAUACAAAGGUGCAUUUAGAUGAAGAUGGUCUAGAGGUGGGGAACCCAGAACUCUUUAGCAAUAACACACUGCCUCUGUACUGCUGCAAAACAUGCAACUUGGCAUGUCUUUCCAUACAUAGGUUCAACACUCACACCUGUCGCCUUCCCACUGAUGAUGAUAAUACCACAUCCACUCUUUCAAAUAGAAUUCUUAUUACCAACGUACUCAAACUCCACAAACUUCGUAAGUUUGUGUGCGAGACUUGUGGUGUGGAAUAUCGGACCUUCAAGCGCAUCACCUACCACCUCCCACGGUGCUCCCCAGGGCCUUAUCCAUGCAAUGUGUGUGCAGUACUCUUUAGUACACAAAAGGAACUAAAUUACCACAAGAAAAAGUUGCACAAAGACGAAAAAUGUUUUGUGUGUGAAGAAUGUGGAAAGACAUUCCAGAGAAGGACAUCUCUACAGAAGCAUGCAAUAAAUUGGCACGAGUCAAAUAGUGCCAUGGGUCCGUUCAAGUGUGAACUGUGCCCCAAAAAAUUUAUUCGUCGAAUAUAUUUAACAAAUCAUAAACUGAGGAUGCAUGGACUGGACAAAAAAUUUUUGUGUCAGGUAUGUGGUAAUAAAUUCAUGACCCAGAAUUCACUUAUGGCCCACAUGGAAGUCCAUAAUGAUCUUAAACGAUUUGAAUGCACCUUUUGUAAAAAGAAGUUUAAAAGGAAGGAAAAACUCAAAUAUCAUGAGAGAAUACACACAGGUGAGAGACCAUUCCAGUGCCAAUUGUGUGUUCGUGGCUUUGUCAGCAAGACAAAGUUAGACGAGCAUGUGAGUCGUCAUCGAGGAGACCGACGUUACCGUUGUUCUUACUGUACAAAAACAUAUGCAGGAGCCUGGGAUUUAAAGCAACAUGUUAGAAAAGUACAUGAUAAGCAGUGUGACAAAGUAGCUGUGACUGUUGUUGCUCCCAACCAGACCAGCACUGCCAGCACUACACUUACUCAGGUACAAGUUUUGGACCCACUAGCCAUAGCAACUGCAGCAUCUGGCUUGAAGGAAGAGGAAGGAGUUACAUGUGGAAGUGGCAUGGCUCUGUCUCACACGCAGAGCAACACCACUCUGGAGGAGGUUGGCAGUGGACUGGUUGGGGCUCCUCAGUACAUUACUGUGGGUGGGCAACAGGCAGUGACCAUUCCUGUGGUGGGUGGUAUGCAAGCACAUAUUCCACCAAUUGGUCAUGUUGUGCAGGUAUCUGGCUCGAGUGUUCCUUUGACUGGUGUUGGUACUGCUAUUGGUGGAACAGUGCAGGCUGUACAGACAGUGCAAGCCAUCCCAGGAGUGACUGCAGCUGAAUAUACUGUCCAAACACUUCCUCCUCAGGCAGUGCACACUGCACAGGGUUAUAUUUUCACUCAAGGCUUUGAUAUGGUCAGUGGCACUUUGCAGUAUUAGUAAGUACAUUUUAUAGCAAGAAUAUUCUGAGAGCAUGGAAUAUUGACAAACAAGAGUCCCUAUGUAAUUAUUGACACUUGUGGAGGCUCUUCAUUGUGUGUGCUGCAAGCCAGGAUAUGUAAGUAAAGUAAAACUUCCCAUUAACAGAUUAAUAGGGAGGAGGAGGUGUACAAUAAUGCCAAUGGUCUGCAACUCCUGAAUUAUGAAACUAAUAUUUCUUGAUCAUCUGGUUGUCUUCUGAAGUAGAGAACUUGGUCCGCUGAUGCAAACAACCAGUCGCUAAUAAUACGGGUAUUAUAACCUGUAGUAUUACAGUGCAGUAUUGUACAGUACAGUACAGUAAUUUUUAUAGUACAUACUCUACAUAAUGUACAAUAAUUUUACUUACCAUUUUGUGGUGGAGAGAUGUGUAAAUUGCUGUGAUCAAUAGUGGUGACUGAGAAAAACUUUUAUUCUGAGUCAGAGGAGCUGUAAAGCUCUAUUUGUGAAGAUAAUGUACAUAGCUGAGAUGUAGAGGGCUGAAAACUCAUAAAUGGCUGAGACGAUAUAGAUCUCUGAGAACCAUGCAUUUUCUUUUGGCAUUACCACUUCCUUUAGAAACCAUUGUUAAUUGCAGUUUAUAUGUUGGUAAAUUCACACAAAGUGCUCUAAAUCCAAGGAAAAUUGCCAACUGAAUGACGAGUGUAUCCGUAAGUGAACAUAAACAAUAAACCGGUUCAGGUGACUUACAGCUCAGAAACAAUGAACAUGGACAGGUCAUGGACAUGGCCACUUUGGCCAGUACCAAAUAAAUAGAGUUAGCGGACAUGUCUUAAGAAAACUGUGAUGUUUAUAUUCUUUUUACAUUUAGUAAUUUAUACAGGAGAAGGGGUUACUAACCCCUUGCUCCCAGCGCAUCAGUCGGCUCUUACAACACGCAUGGCUUACAGAGGAAAGAUUCUGUUCCACUUCCCAAUGGAGAUAAAAGUUUGGUAUGGACCAUUUUUAACUGUACGAAAAGCGAGCGGAUGUACAAAAACUGGGACAAAAUUUAGAUGAAAAAAGUCGUUGAAAACUGACUCGUACGAAAACUAGGGCAUACGAAAACUGAGGUCUGACUGUAUAUGCUGUUUUAAAUGUGCAUUGGUUUGACAAGCAACCGACGUCAUUAAAGUAUAUUUCCUUUACUUUGUCUUGCUUGAAGAGAAGUCCUUACCUGGAGUUUACCUGUAAUUGUCAUUUGCAAUGUAAUUUAUGUAGGCGUACAUAUACAGUAGUACCCCGAGUUUCAACCAUAAUUCGUUCCAGAAGGCUGUUCGAGUGCUGUUACCAAACGAAUUUGUUCCCAUAAGGAAUACGUAAUGUAAAUUAGAUUAGUCCAUUUCAGACCCCCCAAAAAACACUUACAAAAGCACUUACAAUAAUACACUUACACACUUGCUCGAGUUGGGAGCUGUACGAAACUUGGGGUACCACUGUACCUAUUAUACAAGAUGUUAAGCUUAUGCUUAAGUGUUAACAUGUUAGUGACCUCGGUUAAUAUUUUGUAAGCAGAAGGCAUGGGUAACUUUUUCUGGUCUUUUCUUAUCCAAUACUCCACUCUGAGACCCUUAUGGGUUUAGUGCUUCCCAAGAAUUUAGUAAUAUGUAUUUUUAACUGAUGAGCUAUUUCUUUCCUACUGUGUUAUGUGCCAUAUUAUGACAUAAGUGGAAUUCUUGGUAGAUUUGAUGGAUAUUGUACCCAGCCAUUCUAUAAUGUUUUUCAUAUAUAAUUCUGUCAUAUACUGUAUACCAUAAUACUGUAAAGUGGUAGCCCAGACUUACAUCUGAUUCUUAUGCUGUGGCAGAAUAAUUAUUUUUGUACAGUUAUAUGAAUAUGCAGUAUAUGUAUGCAUAAUUGCGUGGCAUUUUCAUUGUUUUAUACAACUUGAGACAUACAUGACUCAUGUUAAAAUAUUCAUAACUUGUCUUAGCAUUUUUUUAUGAUUAGUAUAUGACUUUCUUAUAUUUGUACACAGUCAUACCCUGCUGUACAUUAUUUCAACCUACAUCAAAUUCACCUUUACACCACUUCUCUAGAGUAAAUUUCAGUUCAGUGAAUGUCAUUACGUCCAACUUUACGUCACUCAGCAGCAUCACCUACGUCAUAAAUUUUUUAAUUGUUCACUAGUCUCUAAAAAAUGACUAAAAUGUGUUUUUAGUGUUCUUUAAGGUUUAGCAAUAGAUAUAUUCUUUUGUGAGUUAUUUACACUAGUUUUAUGGUGUUUGUUGUUAUUUUAAGGCAUGUCCAGUUUACGUCACGGCUCUUGGAACCCAUUAAUGAUGUAGGGCGGGGUAUAACUGUAUAGUAAUUCAUUGUUGUUAAUAGUAAUACUUCAUUGGUACAGUAUUACAUUGCAUAUAUUUAUAGAUCUUGUAUAUGUUACAAUAAAUUUAUUAUUGUAUUACACAAAAAUCUAUUUGAAUGCAAAAGAUACAUAUUUAUUUUCUUAAGAUGUUUAUUAAUGAAU